AUGAGCAACCAACCGAUACAGCAAUCCCAAGCCUCAUCGGCGAGAGAACCCGAUCCAGACGCUAUCAAAAUGUUUGUCGGUCAGAUUCCACGCUCAUGGGGUGAAGCAGAAUGUAGAGAGCUGUUUGAGCAAUUUGGUUCUGUUUGUCAGCUAAAUGUUCUUCGUGAUAAAGUAACACAGGCAAGUAGAGGUUGCUGCUUUGUAACUUACUAUAAGCGGGCCGAUGCAAUAGCAGCGCAAGCAGCACUUCACAACAUACGUGUCUUACCCCAAAUGUACCAUCCUGUUCAAAUGAAACCUGCCGACAUUGAAAACAGAAAUGAAAGAAAAUUAUUUGUUGGUAUGUUAAAUAAGAAACUUACCGAAGACGAUGUACGCGAAAUGUUUGCUCAGUUUGGACACAUCGAAGAUUGCACUGUUUUGAAGGACUCGGAAGGAAAAAGUCGAGGCUGUGCCUUUGUGACGUUUGCUCACCGUUCCUGUGCGCAGCAAGCGAUCAAACAAGUGCAUCUAUCUCAAACCAUGGAGGGUUGCUCGAAACCGAUUGUCGUGAAAUUCGCUGAUACCCAAAAAGAAAAAGAUGCAAAAAAGAGUGGUGGAACGCCAGUGAUAACAGCACCUUCAUUGCAGAAUACAGUCAGUUUAGCCAACACAUUGCAACAGUUGCUGCAAACAGCUCAGCCUAAUAGCAAUACCAAUCCUGCUCUGGGAACUCAGUUGGCUGCGCUUGCAGCUCUUCUUCAGACGGCAUCACAACCCAAUGUUCUUAGUUUGCUUGGAAAUGUAUUAUCUGGUUUGGGUCGUUUAACCGAGAAUACAGCAACAUCGAAUCAAACGUCUGUAAAAUCAUCACCCUUUCCUCUUGUCAGUCAGCAAACCCUGGCAUCACUCUCCUCUUCACCGGCCCUCUCAAAUGCAGAUUCAUCAGCAGCACUUCAGCAACAGCAACAUCAGCAAUUAGCUGCGCUUCAGCAGCAGCAAAGAUUGCUGGAACUUCUUACACAUCAACAGCUUGCUAACACGCCCAUAUCUACACCUAGUGGUUCGUUUGGUAAUGACAAUAAAAUAAAUGGUACAACUGGUGGAAAUAACCUCAUUCAGCUGACUGGACAGAAUGCAUCAACCAACAUCGAUGCUCUACAGCAAGCAUAUGCGGGAUUACAGCAGUUUGCUGGUUUGUAUCCACAAUUAUCGACUAAUAAUUUACUCACUGCUAGUAGUGCAACUAAUACAGGAAUCAAUGCUUCAAGCGGUGGGCAGUCAAAAGGACCAGAUGGUUGCAAUCUGUUUAUUUAUCACCUUCCUCAAGACUUCACUGACACCGAUUUAUUCACCACAUUCUCACCUUUUGGAUCAAUUAUUUCUGCAAAAGUUUUUAUUGACAAACAGACUAAUCUCAGCAAAUGUUUCGGUUUUGUAAGCUAUGAUAACGUCGUUUCGGCUCAGAACGCUAUUUCAGCACUUAAUGGAUUUCAGAUAGGUUCGAAACGGCUAAAAGUACAGUUAAAACGUGGAAAAGAUAGCAAACCGUAUCCGAGUAUGCCUGUUACUAGUAACAGUGGUAACACGAAGCCGCUGUCAACUUAA